AUGGCUGCAGAUAACACCUCCUCUGUGACAGAGUUUAUCCUCACAGGCUUAACGAACCACCCAGAACUCCAGAUCCCCCUCUUCUUCCUGUUUCUAGGUUUCUACGUGGUCACCGUGUUGGGGAACCUGGGCUUGAUAACCCUGAUCGGGCUGAAUUCUCACCUUCAUAUUCCCAUGUACUUUUUCCUCUUCAACUUGUCCUUCAUAGAUUUUAGUUUCUCUACUGCCAUUAUCCCCAAAAUGCUAAUGAGUUUUAUCUCAAAGAACAACAUCAUUUCCUACAUAGGGUGUAUGACUCAGCUCUUUUUCUUUUGUUUUUUUGUCUUUUCUGAGUCCUUCAUCCUGUCAGCGAUGGCAUAUGACCGCUAUGUUGCCAUCUGUAAACCACUGUUGUACAUGAUCACCAUGUCUCCUCAAGUGUGUUUACUCCUUUUGUUAGGUGUCUAUGGGAUGGGGGUUUUCGGGGCUGUGGCCCAUACAGGAAAUAUAGAGUUUCUGACCUUUUGUGCUGGCAACCUUGUCAAUCACUAUAUGCGUGACAUCCUUCCCCUCCUUGAGCUCUCCUGCAACAGCUCUUAUGUAAAUGUACUAAUAGUCUUUAUCAUUGUGACUGUUGGCAUUGGGGUGCCCAUUGUUGCCAUUUUUAUCUCUUACGGUUACAUUCUUGCCAGCAUUUUCCACAUCAGUUCCACUGAAGGCAAGUCCAAAGCCUUUAGUACUUGUAGUUCCCACAUAAUUGCAGUUUCUCUUUUCUUUGGGUCAGGAGCUUUUAUGUAUCUCAAACCACCUUCUAUUUUACCCCUCGACGAGGGGAAAGUGUCUUCCUUGUUCUAUACCAUUGUUGUGCCCAUGUUCAACCCAUUAAUCUAUAGCCUGAGGAAUAAAGACGUCAAAUUUGCUGUGAAGAAAACCUUGGGCAGAAUAACCUUCUCUUGA